UUGGCAGGGAAAUCGCGUUUCUAUUGAUACAUUCUUCUGAUUAUUUAAAAAGGAUCUUAUUUGAGUCCAAGUAAUAGAAAUUUCUCGAAACUUAAUUUUUAUAAGUGAAAUAAUUUCUUUGCAUCUCCGAAAUCCGCAUUAAAAAAGAACAAAAGUCAUGGAAAAUCAAAAAUCUUCAGAUGAUGAUAAAGAAAAAUUUCUAGUUGUUAAAGAUGAGUAUCGUCGGCUAACUUAUGAAUUGAAGAAAAAAGAAGCAGACCGCCAAUCAACACAUGCAAAAAUGCAGCAGUAUAUUAGACAACAAUGGGAAACCAUAACAGAGUUGAAAAAGCAAAAAUCAGAACUUACAUUGCAGUUACGACUUCAAGAAUCUGAAAGUUUUGCCAACAAGGCAAAUAAUAAUUUUGAACAAUUUAAGAAAUCUUUAGAAGAAGUAAUGAAGUAUGAAAAUCAAAUAAAAGAGCAGAAUGAGCAAUUAAACAGAUACAAUAAUCAGAUAUUAGAAUUGGAAAAGAAAAUUCGACAAAAACAGAAAGAAGUUAUUAAAGCUCAACGAAGUAAAGGAAGGGUUUUGAAGUAUCAACAGAACAUUUCAUUUCUAGAAAAUCGUUUGAAUGGUAGCCUUCAUAGAUAUAACCAACUACUUGUUUCCAAUAAAGCACUUAGAGAUGAUAUUACUUCACUUUUACUUACUCAAAGUUCAUUUCGCAGAAAAUACAGUAACAUUAAACGUUUGUUAGCAAUGGGUAAAAAAACAUUAUCAGAAGUGGUUCAUUCUGCAACAGUUUCCUACCAAACAGGAGAAUCUGUCAAAUACAAAUUAAAUCUAGUCAAGGAAAGAACACAAGUGGAUCAGAAAAAGUUAGGGGAAAGAAUAAAGGAACUGAAAAUACUGGUUGAACAAGACAAGCAACUCAGAGAUUUUCUAGAAUUCAAAAUGAAAGAUAGAUCAGCAUCUAGUGAUUCUGAAGAAAUUUCUAAAAACGAGCAAAUUAUGGAACAACGAUUACAGACAUGUCAUGGAAUAUUAGCUCGUAUUCAGAUGGCAUCAGGCUGCAAAGAUGUCAAUCGAAUCUGCAAAGCUUUUGUGGAGGGAGAAGAAAAAAAUUUGAAUUUAUUUGAGAAAGUAAAUGAAAUGAGUCUUGAAAUUGAGAAGCUUCAUGAAGAAGUGAGAGCACAAAGACAAGAAUUAGAAGUUAUCACUCGACAGUACAAAGAACAGAAAAGAAAGGAUUUGGCAGUGAAACAUGAUAUAGAGAAUACCACUGAUAAGUUGCGUGCAGAAGCUCAGCAGCUGGAGGACGCCACCGAUGCCAAAGCAGAGGAAUUAGAAUGCGUCAAGGAAAUUCUGCAAAGGAUCUACACAUCCUUGGACAAAGUAUCCAAUCAGAAGGUAUCCUUUACGGUGGACGCCGGUAUCACAGAUGAUAAUAUACUGCAGUACCUUGAAGCUUUGGAGCGAAGGAUCAUUGAUCUGAUACGAUGUAGUAAACUUGCAGAUAUGAAGAUUGCCACUGCUCAUAAAACAACUCUUGAAAAAUCACACAAUUUUUCGGAGAAAAGAGUAAUUAAUAACUAUAUGUGUCAAGAGAAAAGCAAGUCGAAUUUCCAUCAGAAAGCCGAAGCCAAAAUCCCUGAAAUUCCAUUUAACAAGGACCAUUUGGAAAUAUUUGCUAAAAGCUUUCGACAAAAACUGCAGCCGAGUCCAGAACGUCCAUAAACUGCCUAUAAAUGUUUUUGUGGUUCUUUUUUUUAUAAUGUAACGCUUAAAAAUAAUUGAAAAUCAUAUCAUAUCUGUAUUUAUGGAUAUUUGGAUCAUUUAUUUACAAU